AUGAUGCGUUGCGGAUUUUGCGAUUGUUUCGGACCAUUCCGGUCGCCAUUCUCUAAAGAUGAUCUCGAUGAACCUUUAGAUGAAAAUUCACUAAACAGAUGUCUUGAACUUCUUAGAGCUCAUGAACAACGAACAGCUAUUAAAAAGAAGAAGAACGGGAAGGGCGGAAAACUGUCUAAAGAUGACCUCGAUGAACCAUUAGAUGAAAAUUCACUAAACAGAUGUCUUGAACUUCUUAAAGCUUAUGAACAACAAACAGCUAUUAAAGUAUAA